AGUUUGAGGGGUGCGUCUUGUCCCCUUUUCAGGCUUCUUUGAAGUGGGGAGGGGGCUCGACCACCGCCCCCCCGGGAGGGCUCGAAUAGUAAAAGUGCGACGGGAUAAGGAUCCUUUGCGUAUGAUACGCUUAAAGAUAGGCUGCCUCUAAUCCUCACUAGAGUUAUCGAUACUCUGCACAGACAUAAAAAUGAAUUCUUUGAAGAACAUGGAGAGUGGCCAAUCAUAUGCCUCCAGGAAGCCCACAAGAAGGGGUUGAAGGCAGUGGCCCUCUCCCACUGCAGCAACCGCUGUUCACUGACAUGCUGCAUUCUUGAACUUGAAGGUUGAAGAUAGGUAUCAUGACUACAGGCUAAUGAUAAGAAAGGCAUUGAAGCAGAGAAGAAAGCUAUAGCUUACCUCUCCAAAUUACGGAAUGAGCUGCAGACAGACAAGCCACUGAUUGCCUUGCAUGAUAACCUCCCUGACACCAUUCUGUGGAACCAACACCUAGAAUAUCAUAGAAAUUUAUCAAAUGAACCUCCAAGCUGGUUUCAGUCUCCUUGGUUAUAUACAGAGUGCUAUAUGUAUCGUAGAAUUCAUGAGGCACUAGUUCAAAAUCCACCCAUCAGUGAAUUUGAUGUAUUCAAAGAAGAAAAAAGUCACGGUUUCUUUGAAUCUCAGCAAGCUAUUAUUGUGUUAAGCACUUACCUGCAAGAACUGUUGAAAAACAUAGAGGACCUAGAUGAAAAGCAUCUUCAGGAGGAAUUUUUAAAGCUGUUUCAGGUGUCACUGUGGGGUAAUAAAUGUGAUCUGUCAAUUUCGGGUGGUAAAGAUAAUUCUCAGAGAUCUAACCCAUUCCAAGCCCUGGAAGGAUUAAAAUCUUUUAUCUUGGUGGAUCACCUGGAAAAGGUUUGGUCACUGCUUAUCAAUAAAAAGAAAACGACUGCACAGACUACUAGAAUUGACAUAGUUUUGGAUAAUGCUGGCUUUGAACUUGCUGCAGAUCUUGUAAUGGCUGACUUCUUGUUAGCAUCAAAGUUAGCAACUGAAAUUCAUUUCCAUGGAAAAAGUAUGCCAUGGUAUGUGUCAGAUACUACAAAGCAGGACUUUAAUUGGACUAUUAGGCAGAUGAAGUCAGCUAAUCACAAGUGGAUGUCUAGGUGUGGUGUCAGCUGGGAGGGCAAUUUGAAAAAAGGAGUUUGGGUUUAUCAGGACCACUUGUUCUGGACUUUGCCACAUGAAUUUUCUAGUAUGGCUAAAGUUUCUUCUGAUUUGUACACUGAAUUGCAUAAGUCAAACUUAAUUAUUUUUAAAGGUGACUUGAACUAUAGGAAGCUGGUAGGUGACCGAAAAUGGGACUUCACAGUGCCGUUCCACCAAGCCUUGAACAAUUUUCAUCCUGCACCACUCUGCAGCUUAAGAACACUAAAAUGUGACAUUCAGGUUGGGUUAAAGCCUGGGCAAGGUGAAGAACUGACACAUUCUGAACCUGAAUGGAUGAUAAUUGGGAAAUAUGGAAUAAUACAGUUUGAUGCUGCUUCAUAAUUGAUUUUCAUUGCAUGAAAGAGAGCACUGUGCUAAAUGCUAUUAUUGCUGGCCAUUGUUGGAAGACUGCUGGUCUUCAGUAUGCAUGUUCUCUUUUCUUCCAUCUUACUCUGGUGUGCAAUUGUGAUACUUUACAAACUCUUUUCUGAUGAUCAUCUUUCAAAACAUUAAAAUGCCAUUCAGAAUAUUUUUAUAAGUAAAGGCUGGAGAGAUGGGCAGUGGAAACUGUUUUACUAGGUGACAAUGCAUCAUACCUCUUGUUCCCUUUUCAGUAUACAUAUAGGGUAAAUUAUUGCACUACGGGAGCUAACAGUUAAGUUUGCAUUUCUGUAGGUCUUACUUUAAAGCUGCUUGAACUUAUUUUGACAAGAUUAUCUUAAAUAAAUGAUUGAUUAAAAUGGGAUGUGUAAACAGA